UCGCUAAACCCACUGCAGAGAGGGAAUUGGAGGCAGAGAGAGAGCAGCAGGCAGGGGAGGUGCAGGAGACAAGGAAAGCGCAGCAGAGAAGGCGCAUUGGGUGCAGCAGAUUCUACCGGGGACACUUACCUCCAGCACUGGGCACCCCAUCCCUGCCCUGACUACCCCACACCUCUACAAACCCCACUCAGGAGAGGAGACAAGUGCAAGUGGAAAUGAAGAAUCUCUGGCUGGUACUUUGUAUCCAUGUGGGGCUCCUCUUGGGCAAAAGUUUUGGAGCCCAUUUCUCUCAACAACCCUCGGACAAGGUAAUCGUAGCCGGCAAAUCUGUCACUCUUCCUUGUGUAGUGAUUGGCUACAGAGGUGUGGUCCAAUGGACAAUGGACGGGCUGGCACUGGGAGCAGAAAGAGACCUUCCAGGGUGGUCCCGUUAUUCUGUGGUGGGAGAGCCAUCUUUAGGAGAACACAACCUGCACAUUGAAGGUGUUGAGCUUAGUGAUGAUGCCAUCUACGAGUGCCAAGCAACACAGGCAGCACUGAGGUCACAGCGGGCUCGUCUCACGGUGCUACUUCCCCCAGGAGAUCCAAUGAUACCAGGCUCCCCAGUGGCCAAUGUCCUGCUUGAUGUACCCUACAACCUCACCUGUCUCGCUCCCAUUGCUAAACCAGCAGCAGAGAUUACUUGGUUCCGUGAUGGCAAGAAGCUGGAUUCAGCCAUCUACACCAAGGAGCUGCUAUCUGAUGGCAAGAGUGAGGGUUCGGCGAGCAGUCUGUUAAUCACCCCGAGUCUGGCGGAUACCGGAUCCAGUUACACCUGCCAUGUGAGGAAUGAGGCCCUGCCGGAGGGAAGAGAGAAAUCUGUGACUCUGAGUGUGCAGUAUCCCCCCAAAGUAACCUUGUCGGUAGAACCCCCUACUAUCACCGAGGGCGGCUCCGUCACAUUCCUGUGCAGUGCUGUUUCCAACCCGGAAGUGAGUAGGUACAGGUGGGCAAAGGGAGGUGUUCCUCUGGCUGUAUCAGGAGACAAAUACACGGUGGAGGUGGACCACACUUUCUUCACUGCUCCAGUCUCAUGUGAGGUGUCCAACAGUGUGGGAGCCAGUAAUGUCAGCACGGCUGUCAAUGUAUUUGUUGCGUAUUUGGCCCCUGGGCCCUACCACCUUUAUCUUUCGACAGUUCUCAGCAAUGGAAACACACUGUUGCUAACAAAAGUUACCCGUGAAGAUGCCGGAGUAUACGUCUGUAAAGCUAUUGUGCCGCGCAUGGGGACUACAGAGAAAGAAGUGACCCUCAUGGUGAGAGGUCCACCGGUCAUCACUAGUGAAGCCCACUAUGAGAGCAUACUUGGAGGAAAGGCACGGAUGGAGUGUGUCAUUGAGUCCACCCCUGCCCCGGACAGAAUUGUCUGGGCGUGGGAUAAGCAAAGCCUGGAGGAAGGUUCAUGGGGCCGUUUCUCAGUGGAGACCCAAGUCACUGAAGUGGGUGUUGUCUCCUAUCUGGUCAUUGAUGGAACAGAGCAGUCCGAUUUCUACACGGAGUUCAACUGCAGUGCCAUCAAUCAGUAUGGGGAGGAUUCCGUCAUUGUGUCUCUGCGGCAGCAAGCUACUCUUCCUCUGACGUUCUUGCUGAUUGCCGUUGGCUUGGGGACCCUGUGCAUCUUUGUACUCGUCAUCACUUCCAUCCUUUGUUGCCGACGGCCAAAAAAAGCAGUGAAGGACUCACAGAUUCUAGCCGUGGACGUCUCAGGGAGUGAGCCCAGUGUGCGGCACCCCAGCGACUCUGAGGAAGAUCUCAAGGAGCCAUUGGUAAGGACAAAGAAGAAAACGAGGGGCAUGAGAUAGAGGGGGUACCAGAGGAGACGGCAUUGUGGGUGAGAGGAUAUUGUGGUGGCGGUGGAAUAAUAAAGAUGUUACCAGUGGGA